UAAAACUCAUGGAUAUUCCUAGGACCACCGAUGACAUCCGUGAAACCCAUCAAAGAGAAGCCAGCAGGCAAGUCUCUUUUCUCAACAUCUGCCGCCGGAGCUUCCCUCUUAAUUGCAUUGCAAGCUGGGUCUCGAGGGCUGACGUUUAUCGUCAACCAAGUACUUCUCCGGUAUCUCUCACCCGAGCUGCUUGCCGUGUCAACACAACUUGAAGUUUACUCCAUCACCGUACUGUUCUUCUCCAGAGAGAGUCUACGCGUCGCAAUACAGCGUCAGGCGGACGUAACUGAUGAUGAUUCCAAGGCCAAACAAGAUGGGAAUCUCUCCAGAAAGGACAUAUAUUUGGACAGCAGAACGACUGCUGGCAAAAGUCAAGCAAUUGUGAAUUUGUCAUAUAUCUCUAUUCUCCUUGGACUGGUAUCUACUGUGAUAUUUGGUUGGAUCUAUGCUAAUGCCAGGCAAACUGGCGUGGUUGAAACACCAUAUUUUGGACAAUCUUUGAGACUCUACGGUGUGGCAGCGAUUCUAGAAUUGUUGGCUGAGCCAUGCUUCGUAGUGGUUCAGCAGAAAUCAGCUUUCAAAAUUCGAGCUAUUGCCGAGUCGAUUGCAACUGUACUAAGAUGCGUUGUCACUUGUGCUGUUGCAGUUUGGGCUGCGCAUCAUCAAAGGGAUUUGGGAGUAGUGCCGUUUGCAAUUGGUCAGGGAGUAUAUGCUAUUUCGAUACUACUGGCAUAUUUCUUGGCUGUGUGGAACAUUGCGUCGCGAGGAGGGUUUUCGUUGAGGCUCAAGCCUAUCUACAGGUACUCUAGCUAUGAUGGUAUAAUUAAUUCAUGAUGCUAACUAAUGGUAGCAAAAAUAAGCAAUAUAUCUACUCUUACUUUUCCAAACCACUAUUGUCUUUAGGAGGGAGUUUGAUGAUACAGUCAAUGGUGAAACAUGUCUUGACGCAAGGCGAUACGUUUCUUAUAGCGUCCAUGGCCACUCAAACAGCCCAAGGCAUCUAUGCACUAGCCAGCAAUUAUGGAGGCCUCGUUGCUCGUCUAGUCUUACAGCCAAUCGAGGAAAUGUCCAGAAACUACUUUGGCAAGCUUCUUUCUGUCGUCGAUGGCAAGACAACCAAGCAAGCCACCAAGAAAGCUAGUGUAGAUCUGCAAAGGCUACUACGAAUAUAUCUUAUCCUGUCAGUUGCCGUGGUUUCCGUGGGUCCCGUCAUCGCUCCUCUACUUUUGAACUUCAUUGCUGGCCCACGAUGGCAGUCGUCUGGAGCUGGCAAUGUCCUUGCAGUGUAUUGUUACUAUAUACCACUACUUGCGCUGAACGGAGUGUGCGAAGCAUUUGUAGCCGUUGUUGCUACUGAAGCUGAAGUCUACGGGCAAUCUUUAUGGAUGGCUGCUUUUUCUGCCGGCUUUGGCGGUGCUGCUUAUCUGUUCUUAGGAGUCUUAGGUCUUGGAGCCGAGGGCCUUGUACUUGCAAAUAUGGCUAACAUGCUCCUACGAAUCACAUGGUGUGGUCAUUUUAUUUUGGCGUACUGCGGAAGCCAUGGUGCUGAGUUCAAGGUUAUGGGUUUGUUACCACGGCCUAGCACGAUAUCGCUUGGGGUUGUUACAUAUGCCGCACUUGCUCAGAUGAGAACGUCAUUCACAGGUGCUUUAGUGGAUAUAAUCAAAUGUGGUUUAGUGGCAAUGAUUUUUGUGAUUCUCCUGUAAGUUCUCAGCUGCGGUGCCGAUCUACAGACUACUAACCGUUACGCCACAACAGAGCCACGAGUGAGAAGGAACAUCUUCUCGAAUGUUACCGUACGAUUAAAGGUUGAAUCUAUACUCUUCAAGCGAACAAUUAUCCUAGCUUGUUGCAUCUUAAUCAAAUGUUAUUUUCGUUGCUUUUUUGGUGGUGUCAACAUUCUUGAAAAAUGCACCGUACGCGUCGUGAGCCU